AACAACACCGUAGGGGGAAAAAACAUUUGACAGUGUUUGUUUUAGGAUUCGUGAAGUGUUUCCACAAUGUCUACGAAAGCAGAGCAAUUUGCCUCUAAGAUAAGAUACUUGCAAGAGUAUCACAACCGCGUGCAACACAAUAUUUACCCCGUGCCCUCCGGAACAGACAUUGCAAACACAUUGAAAUACUUUUCCCAAACCCUGCUCAGCAUUCUGUCCCGCACAGGCAGGAAGGAGAACCAGGAAGCAUCCAAUUUGGCCGUGCCCAUGACCAUGUGUCUUUUUCCUGUGCCAUUCCCACUCACCCCAUCUCUAAGACCACAAGUCAGUUCCAUCAACCCUACAGUUACUCGCUCCCUCCUUUACAGCGUUCUGCGUGAUGCCCCGUCAGACCGCGGGGGGCAGGGGCAGCAGAGUCGGGACGCUCAGCUCUCAGAGUACCCCUCUCUGGACUAUCAGGGGCUCUAUGCGACCCUCGUGACCCUGCUUGACCUGGUGCCCCUGCUGCAGCACGGUCAGCAUGAUCUUGGACAGUCCAUAUUUUACACAACAACUUGCCUCCUGCCCUUUCUCAGUGACGAUAUUCUCAGCACUUUACCCUACACUAUGAUCUCCACUUUAGCUACAUUCCCCCCAUUCCUUCACAAAGACAUCAUUGAGUACCUGAGCACCUCUUUCCUCCCCAUGGCUAUAUUGGGUUCCACUAGAAGAGAAGGGGGCGUCCCAGCAUAUGUCAAUCUCUCUGCCUCCUCCAUGCUAAUGAUUGCUAUGCAGUACACUUCCAACCCAGUAUACCACUGCCAGUUGUUGGAGUGUCUUAUGAAGCACAAGCAGGAAGUCUGGAAGGACCUGCUGUAUGUCAUUUCGUACGGACCAUCCCAAGUCAAGCCUCCAGCCGUGCAGAUGCUCUUUCAUUACUGGCCAAACCUAAAGCCCCCAGGAGCCAUCAGUGAAUACAGUGGACUGCAAUACACAGCCUGGAACCCCAUCCAUUGCCAACACAUUGAGUGUCACAAUGCCAUCAAUAAACCUGCUGUCAAGAUGUGCAUCGACCCCACCCUCUCUGUUGCACUGGGAGACAAGCCCCCUCCUCUAUACAUCUGUGAGGAGUGCAGCCAAAGGAUAGCAGGAGACCAUUCAGAAUGGCUUGUUGAUGUGCUCUUGCCCCAAGCUGAGAUAUCUGCUAUUUGUCAAAAGAAGAACUGUAGCUCUCAUGUCAGGAGGGCAGUUGUCACCUGCUUCUCAGCUGGUUGCUGCGGGCGCCAUGGCAACCGACCCGUCCGCUACUGUAAGCGUUGCCAUGUCAACCACCACAGCAGCGAGGUGGGGACUGCGGCGGAGACCCAUCUGUACCAGACCUCCCCACCUCCCAUCAACACCCGCGAGUGUGGGGCAGAGGAGCUGGUGUGUACUGUGGAGGCUGUUAUCAGCCUACUGAAGGAGGCAGAGAUCCACGCGGAGCUGCGUGAGUUUGAGCUGAACAGGCGUCGUCAGAUGGGCCUGUCUGCCUCCCACCACUCCCUGGACAACAUCGACUUUGACAACAAGGAGGACGACCAGCACGACCAGAGGCUCCUCAGUCAGUUUGGCAUCUGGUUCCUGGUGAGCCUGUGCACCCCCAGUGAGAACACGCCCACUGAGAGCCUGGCGCGGCUGGUGAGCAUGGUGUUCCAGUGGUUCCACUCCACAGCCUACAUGAUGGACGACGAGGUGGGCUCCCUGGUGGAGAAGCUCAAGCCACAGUUUGUCACCAAGUGGUUGAAGACCGUGUGUGACGUGCGCUUCGACGUCAUGGUGAUGUGCCUGCUGCCCAAGCCGGUGGAGUUUGCCAGGGUGGGGGGUUACUGGGAUAAGUCUUGCAGCACGGUGACCCAGCUGAAAGAGGGGCUGAACCGGAUCCUGUGCCUGAUCCCCUACAAUGUGAUCAGCCAGCCGCUAUGGGAGUGCUUCAUGCCAGAGUGGCUGGAGGCCAUCCGCACUGAGGUGCCUGACCAGCAGCUCAAGGAGUUCAGAGAAGUGCUCAGCAAAAUGUUUGACAUUGAGCUGUGCCCUCUGCCCUUCUCCAUGGAGGAGAUGUUUGGGUUCAUUAGCUGCAGGUUCUCGGGAUACCCAGCCUCUGUGCAGGAGCAGGCUCUGCUCUGGCUGCAUGUGUUGUCAGAGCUGGACAUUGUGGUGCCUCUGCAGCUGUUGAUCGGGAUGUUCUUUGACGGGGUGAACUCAGUGAAGGAACUGGCCAAUCAGAGAAAGACUCGAGUCUCAGAUCUAACUGGUGAAAAUACUGAGGCUCGGAGGGAAAGCGUGGUUUCAGAUCCAGGCCAUCUUGGGCCGCACAACACUGUGAGCCCGUUCCCCAGUCCGUUCCGGAGCCCAUUCCGGAGCCCCCUGCACUGCAGCCCCUUUAAGAACCUGGGCCAUGCUACGGGACACUGUGCCCUGGACCUGGACUGUGAUGACGAUGACAUGAACCUGGGCUGUUUCAUUCUCAUGUUCGACCUCAUCCUCAAACAGAUGGAGCUCCAGGAUGACGGUGUGAUGCUCGGUCUGGAAAGCAGCCUGGGGAAGGACAUUGUGGGCAUCAUCAACAAUGUCUUCCAGGCCCCGUGGGGGGGCUCCCACACCUGUCAGAAGGAUGAGAAGGCUCUAGAGUGCAGCCUGUGCCAGUCCAGCAUUUUGUGCUACCAGCUAGGCUGUGAGCUCCUGGAGAGACUCACCCCCAGGGAGGAGAUACGUCUGGUGGAGUCAACAGACAUCUUGGAGGACACAUUGCUGUUGCCUCAAGUGUUUGGGCCUGAACAACGGACAAAGCAAGGGGCAGAGGAAGCGGACAACCCUGCCAGCACACACACUGACAACCCUACAAUUCAAAGUUACUCUCCUGACAACCCACCAAUGAAGAAUAAUGCUGAUAAGAAGUUUUCCUACCAGCAGCUCCCUGUAUCUCUCAAGCUAAUAUACACUAUUCUGCAGGAAAUGUCUAAGUUUGAGGAGCCUGAUAUCCUGUUCAACAUGCUGAACUGUCUGAAUAUCCUGUGUCUCCACGGAGAGUGUCUGUACCUGGCCCGUAAGGACCACCCCCAGUUCCUGGCCCACAUCCAGGAGAAGAUGCUCAUUCCCAGCCUGUGGACCAUGCUGAAGUCAGAGUUCUGCCAGCUGGCCUCCUUGGCCGUGCCCCAGCUCCUGCAUGCCCUCUCCCUCUCCCAUGGAGCAGACAUCUUUUGGAACCUGGUGGACAGCAACUUUAACAGCAAGGACUGGAAGAUACGCUUCGAAGCAGUGGAGAAGGUGGCGGUGCUCUGUCGGUUCCUAGACAUUGGUUCUUUGACGAAGAACCACCUGCUGAAGUACUCCCUGGCCCAUGCCUUCUGCAGCUUCCUGGCCUCUGUGGAGGAUGUCAACCCGGCUGUGGCCACACGCGCCAGGCUGCUGCUGGACACCAUCAAGAGCCCAGCACUACAGGGCUUGUGUCUGUGCCUGGACUUCCAGUUCGACACGGUGGUGAGGGACCGACCCAUCAUCCUCAGCAAGCUGUUGAUGCUGCACCACCUGAAGCAGGAAGUCCCUGCCCUCAGCUGGGAGUUCUUUGUGAACCGCUUCGAGACGCUCUCCCUGGAGGCCCAGCUCCACCUGGACUGCAACAAGGAGUUCCCUUUUCCCACUACCAUCACAGCUGUGCGUACCAACGUGGCCAACCUUAGUGAUGCAGCGAUGUGGAAAAUCAGACGGGCGCGCUUUGCCAGGAACCGCCAGAAGAGUGUGCGUUCCCUCCGUGACAGCAUCAAGGGCCCGUCCACAACCAAGCGAGCCUUCUCCCUCCCAGAGACUCUGUGUAACCGACUACCUUUAAGGCUUACGAGGCAAGAGCACUCUGCCCCGACUCUGGGAGAUAUGAUAGAGAAAGUCCUGCCAGGCCACAGCCCCUCAAUGGAGGAUGACUCGGUCAUCAGGGACCUGCUCCCAGAGGAUGCUGGGAUAGAUCACCAGACGGUGCACCAGCUCAUCAUGGUACUCAUGAAGUUCAUGGCCAAAGACAAGAGCAGUGCUGAGGCAGACAUCGGCAGUGCCAAGGCCUUCAACUCGGUGAAGCGCCAUCUGUAUGUGCUGCUGGGCUAUGACCAGCAGGAGGGUUGCUUCAUGAUCGCACCGCAAAAGAUGAGGACCUCCACCUGCUUCAAUGCUUUCAUUGCUGGCAUCGCACAGGUGAUGGACUACAACAUUGGGCUGGGGAAGCAGCUGCUCCCCCUGGUGGUCCAGGUGUUGAAGUACUGCACCUGCCCCCAGCUCAGACACUACUUCCAGCAGCCGCCGCGUUGCUCUCUCUGGGCCCUGCAGCCACACAUCAGACAGAUGUGGCUCAAAGCCCUGCUGGUCAUCCUCUACAAGUACCCCUACAGGGAUAUGGAUGUGAGUAAAGGGGUUCUGCACCUGAUCCACAUCACCAUCAACACCCUGAAUGCCCAGUACCACAGCUGUAGGCCCCAUGCCACUGCUGGACCCCUCUAUAGUGACAACUCCAACAUCAGCCGCUACAACGAGAAAGAGAAAGAGGAGGACAGUGUGUUUGAUGAGUCUGACGUUCAUGACACACCAACUGGAGCAGGCAACAAGGAGUCUCAGACCUUCUUUGCCCGUCUGAAAAGAAUCGGUGGCAGCAAGUCUGUCAAGUACCAGCCGGUAGAGCUGAAUGCCCAGAAAAGUGAAAUUGAGCUGUCUGAGUACCGUGAGGCGAGUGCAGUGCAGGACAACAUCUUGCACUGUGUGAGGGAGGAGAGCACCAGGAAGAAGCGUCUGCAGGCCAUGCACAAGCAGAAGUCCCUGGACAUUUCCAACACUGACUCCAUCCUCUACAACCUGGACGAGCACCGACGCAAGUCCUGCAUAGACCGCUGUGACCUGCAGCAUGGUACCCCCGGGCCCCCCUCCUCCACCACCUCCCACCCCAGGCGGACAGGGGGCCAUGGGAAGGGCUCGUCAGACGGCUCCUCAGGCCGAGCAGAGGGCAGUGACCACCAGGACCGUUCAGGAACCCGGGGGGGCCACUCAGACUGCUCCAGGCCUGUCAUCCCAGAGGUGCGCCUCAGCUGCAUGGAGACGUUUGAGGACAAGGCUGACUUGGACUCCCCUCUUACAGGCGGCUCUUCUGCAGAGAAGGAGGACCAGGACCUCAUUGAUCUCUCCUCCGACUGCACUUCAAUCCCAGAGAAGCACUCCAUCCUCUCCAUGUCCGACAGCGACUCCCUGGUGUUUGAGCCCCUACCACCACUGAGGAUCGUGGAGAGUGACGAGGAGUUUGACCUGAACAUGGUGAUGGGCCCCAGGCUGAAUGGGAGUGCCAGGCCCCCUGCUUCCCCUGCCAGGCCCUCUGCCUCCCCUGCCAGGCCCCCUGCCUCCCCGGCCAGGUCUGCUGCCCCCCCUGCCAAGCCCGUUGCCUCCCCUACCAGGCCCACUGCCUCCCCUGCCAGCAGAAGCACCGUGUGCCUGUCCCCCAUGGUACAGGUGAGCGUGGAGGACUGUUCUAAGGAGAAGAGGACCACAGACUCCCCAUCAAAAGAAAGCCCCCAACAGCCUCUACAGAGGAGGCCAUGCUAUGCAACCCCCACUACCUCCCUGGAGCUGCCUGACCGGUCAGUGCACCCUGGCCUGGAGAGCCCCAUGACUCUCAGCUUACAACAGAAGAGGGACCUGCUGAGGAAGACCCCUGCUGUCCCUGACACCUCCCUGGAUGACUUUGUGCAUCCUGAGGACUUGAAGGCAGGGGUGGGUCUGGGGACCAGUCCGUCUGGCAGAAUGAUCUUCCUGGACAUCCCUGAGGACACAGUUGAACCCCUCACCUCUCUGGAGGGGAACAACAACGACGAAGAGGAAUAUUAUGAAGAAGAUGAUGAGGACCUUGAUGACAGUGACUUUAAACCCGAUGAUGAUGAGAACGGCGAGGCAGAGUUUAAGAUCCAGAUAGUUCCCAGGCAACGCAAGCAGAGGAAGAUAGCUGUGAGCGCCAUCCAGAGAGAGUACCUAGACAUCUCCUUCAACACCCUGGACAAGCUGGGUGAGCAGCCCACUGACACAGAUCACAAAGUUCUGUCUCCCCUGGAAAAGCCACGGGAAUCGGCCUCAGCCCCCACCCUUGAAGCUGCUAUCCCAGAAACAAGCAACCGCUCUUCAGUAUCAACUCAGUACCGUCAGGCAAAGCGAGGCUCGUUGGGAGCUCUAACCAUGAGCCAGCUGAUGAAGAGACAGCUGGAGCACCAGUCCAGUGCCCCUCACAACAUCAGCACCUGGGAGACAGGCCCCACCAAGACCAGCCUCCUAUCUGCCCCCAGUACAGUCAGCAUGUUUGUGCCUGCCCCUGAGGAGUUCAUUGAUGACCAGCCCACCACCAUGACUGACAGGUGUCGUGACUGUGGUGCGGUGCUAGAGGAGUAUGAUGAGGAGACCCUGGGCCUGGCAGUGGUGGUGCUCUCCAUGUUCAUCCACCUCAGCCCUGACCAGGCCGCUCCACUGCUGCUGGACAUCAUGCAGUCUGUGGGCAGGCUGGCGUCUAGUGCUAAUUUCUCUGGGCAGGCUGAGAGCAUGCUGAUCCCUGGCAACGCAGCAGGUGUGGCUAAACAGUUCCUCCGCUGUGUGUUCCAUCAGCUGGCCCCCAAUGGCAUCCUGCCCCAGCUCUUCCAGAGCAACAUUAAAGAUGGAGGGUUUCUGAGAACAUUGGCCUUUUCCCUGAUUGAUUUUAAUGAACUGAGUUCUGUGGCUGCACUGAACCAGCUGCUGGAGGGUCUGAACAACAAGAAGAGUCUACCAGCAGGGGGCACCAUGCUGCACUGCCUGGAGAACAUCGCCACCUUCAUGGAGGCCCUGCCCAUGGACUCCCCCAGCAACCUGUGGACCACCAUCUGCAAUCAGUUCCAGACCUUCCUCACUAAACUACCCUCUGUGCUGCCUCUGAAGUGUCCCCUGGACUCCAGUUUGAGGAUCAUCAUUUGCCUGUUGAAGAUCCCCACCACAAGUGCAACCCGGAGCUUACUGGAGCCCUUCUCCAAACUGCUGAGCUUUGUCAUCCAGUAUGGAGUGUUCAGCCUCUCUUACCUGGUGGAGCUGUGUGGCCUCUGCUACAAAGCCUUCAAUAAGGAGCGAGAUAAGUUCUAUAUGUCUCGUAUUGUGGUGCUGGAGCUUCUACAGGCUCUGAAGUUCAAGUCUCCUCUACCCGAUACUAACCUGCUACUGCUGGUCCAGUUUGUUUGUUCAGAUAUUGGUACGAGGCUAGCAGAGUCUACUGUUCUCUCAAAACACAUGAUCUCAUCUCUUCCAGGGUGCACGACAGCAGCAAUGGAAUGCAUGAGGCAAUACAUCAGUGAACUUCUAGACUUCAUAGCGGAUAUGCACACGCUGACCAAACUAAAAAGCCAUAUGAAGGCGUGUUGUCAGCCACUGCACGAGGACACGUUCGGAGGGAACCUGAAAGUGGGCCUGGCACAGGUAGCUGCCAUGGAGAUCAGCAAAGGCAAUCACCGUGACAACAAGGCAGUGAUCCGUUAUCUGCCCUGGCUCUACCAUCCCCCGUCCGCCAUGCAGCAGGGACCUAAGGAGUUCAUUGAGUGUGUGUCCCACAUCCGCCAGCUGUCCUGGCUGCUCCUGGGCUCCCUGACCCACUAUGCCCUGCACCAGGGCUCCACCUCCUGUAUGCCCAUCCCCCUGGAUGCUGGCUCACACAUCGCUGACCACCUCAUCGUCAUCCUCAUUGGCUUCCCUGAACAAUCCAAGACGUCAGUGCUGCACAUGUGCUCCCUGUUCCAUGCCUUCAUGUUUGCCCAGCUGUGGACAAUUUACUGUGAGCAGUCGGCGGCCACUCCGGCCCUGCAGAACCAGAAUCAGACAGAGUUCUCCUCCAACGCCAUUCUGACCGGCCUGGAGUUCUGGAGCCGCGUCACACCCAGCAUCUUGCAGCUCAUGGCCCACAACAAAGUGAUGGUGGAGAUGGUGUGUCUACAUGUCAUUAGCCUGAUGGAGGCUCUACAAGAAUGCAACUCAACUAUCUUUGUGAAGUUAAUACCUAUGUGGUUGCCCAUGAUUCAAUCUAACCUAAAGCACCUGUCUGCUGGUCUACAGCUGCGGCUGCAGGCCAUCCAGAACAGAGUGAACCACCAGUGUGUGCAGGGCCAGGCGGCCGGGGCCCUGCCCUUCGCCCUGCGCAAGUGGCUGCAGUGCACACAGUUCAAGAUGGCCCAGGUGGAAAUCCAGUCAUCCGAGGCUGCCUCACAGUUCUACCCCAUGUGACCUGCCCACCUCUCACUAUGGGAGAUCCUCCAAGACCCAGUCCUCCUCAGGACCAGCAUGCAUCUGUCUGCCUGACCAUACAUAUCAGGAAGUCGACUCCUGCAUAAACUGACUCUCACCGUCUUAAGACACUGCUUCGGAUGUAAUCAUCUUCAGCACCUUCUAAACUUUGUAUAUCUAUACUAUUCUUUGGUGCAAUGAAAGGAUAGGUGAGUACAGGUUGGGCAGGUGUGCAGAUGUAGGGGGAUCACAGUUCUGUAGAUAGCAGGUUAGAUUUCCAACAUGCUGUGUGCUGCAUCAGAGGUCAGAACAGACGGAGAGAAUAUAUAGCAGCAGAUGAUAGUCUGGAUGAGGAAUGCUGAAGCUCAGACUUGUUCACUUGGUGAUGCUCAUGGUCUAUAUGUUCAGUUGCUUGGUUGCAAGCCUGAUAAAAAUAAUAAAAUCAAGACACAUUUUCUAAA